CGGAAGAACGCUGCACGCGCACGCACGUUUUUCAACCACAGCUGUAAUGUAGUACACUGAAGUUUGAUGAUUUGAUAAUGAUGAUGGCCAGCACUGUUGGGAGGUUGUGUUUUAGUAAUAAAUGUAUUCUGGCCCCUAUGGUGCGGGUGGGCACUCUUCCCAUGAGACUGCUGGCGCUGGAUUAUGGAGCAGAUAUUGUGUACUGUGAGGAGCUGAUUGAUAUCAAAAUGGCUCAGUGUGAGAGAGUGGUGAAUGAUGUAUUGGAGACUGUUGACUUUAUCGCUCCAGAUGAGCGUGUGAUGUUUCGUACCUGCAGUAAAGAGAAGGACCGCGUCGUCUUUCAAAUGGGGACGGCUGAUCCAGACCGAGCUCUGGCUGUGGCCAAACUUGUAGAAAACGAUGUCGCGGCCGUUGAUGUAAAUAUGGGCUGUCCGAAGGAAUACUCUACAAAGGGAGGAAUGGGUUCGGCACUUCUCUCUGACCCAGAAAAAAUAGAAGCUAUUCUGAGCACUCUUGUGAAUGGAAUUUCAAAACCAGUAACGUGUAAAAUCCGGAUCCUCCCUACACUUGAGGAAACGGUUAAUUUAGUGAAGAGAAUUGAAAGAACAGGAGUGGCAGCUAUAGCGGUGCACGGCAGGAUGAAAGAGGAGAGACAACGCCAUCCGCUCCACUGUGAUUAUAUUCAGGCUGUAGCCGAAAGCGUGUCUAUACCUGUCAUUGCCAAUGGUGGCUCUUUGGACUUAGUGAAGACGUUUGAUGACAUCGAGGAUUUCCGGGUGGCUACAGGAGCGUCGUCUGUCAUGCUUGCCCGGGCGGCCAUGUGGAAUCCUUCUAUCUUCCGCCAGCAGGGGACGCUGUCUUUAGAGGCUGUUAUGGAGGAUUAUAUCAAAUAUGCCGUUCGAUAUGACAAUAACCCAUUCAACACCAAAUAUUGCUUAUGCCAGAUGCUCCGAGACAAAGUCGAGUCUCCAUUGGGAAAACAGUUGCAUGCAGCUCAGACCAUUGCAGAAAUCUGUGAGGUGUUUGGCAUGACUGACUUCUACAAUAAGACCGCGGCUGAACUGGAAGCUAGAAGAUCUUCCCUCCAGGCCGACAGUGAUCAAGCCUUGAAUCCGAAAGUGGAGGAUGAUGUCAUCACAAUGCCCAUCCGCUUUGAGAGACGAGAUUACCCACCUCAGAUCACACCGAAGAUGUACCUCCUGGAGUGGAGUCGAAAGGAAAAAAUUGAUCAACCGGUGUAUGAGACGGAGCAGCGAACCCAAGAUCGAGCGUUUCAGUCCACGGUUCUUCUGGCUGAUAAGAAGUACCGCUCUACGCUAUGGGAGAAGUCAAAGAAAUUCGCAGAGCAGGCAGCAGCUUUAGUAUGUUUGCGCACACUCGGCCUUCCAGAAGGUCGAAUAGGAGAGGAAAACAGCGGACUGGUGAACAAACGCAAGAGGGAUGACAAACCGUGUGCAACAGUGGAUGACAGUGAAUCAGCAGCACGAAAGAGACACAUCGCUGUAGCGCCGCUAGAAGAGGAAAAGGAAAUAAUAUGCAGGACAAAAGUUGUAAAUGGUGUUUGUGGUCAGACCUCACAUUAACCUUGGUUAGUCAUGAACUGUCUGAACUCACUACAAAGACAUCUCAUGCCAUCAAUACAUUAAAAAAGUAUUUUUGGACAUGACAGCACACUUAGUUUGUUUUUAGGGUUGUUCACUUGGACUGUUUCUUUGUCAUUUGCCAUUGUUGUCUUGACACACAACUGUUGUCUUUUAAAAUAGAUUUUUUUUGUUUUUUGUUGUAUGCCACUGUUUUAUGUGGCAAAACAACUAUCAUGGCUUCUUAUCUUUUUAAAUGAUUUAAUGCUUUUCAACCUUGCACCAAAAAGGGGCUGUGUAGAUUAAAUACAGGGAGUUUAAGAAAGUCAAAACAGAUGCCAUGAUGUUAUAAAACCAUUUAUUUAAUAUUUUUUUAUUAUUUCCAGCAUUAUUUGAAAUAAACUGUGUAUGCUAAUGA